GCCACCCGCUCCCCGGACGCGUCCAGGACCCACUGCGCCGUGAGCCAUCCCUGGCCCCGGCGUGCGCCCCAGACACGGUGACCCUGGUCCACGCGAACCUCCUCCCCUCACCGCGACCCUACCAGGCCCCGCAGCCAUGGACGCCCCGGAGCCGCAGCCUGACCCCGACGGUGGGGACGGUCCAGGCCACGAGCACGGGGGCAGUCCCCAGGACGAGUUGGACUUUUCCAUCCUCUUCGAUUAUGACUAUCUGAACCCCAUCGAAGAAGAACCGAACGCACAUAAGGCCAUCAGCUCACCCUCCGGACUCGCAUACCCGGAUGAUGUCCCGGACUAUGGCCUCAAGCCAAUCAACCCCCUCGCCAGUCUCUCUGGCGAGCCCCCAGGCCGGUUCGGAGAGCCGGAUAGGAUAGGGUUCCAGAACUUUCUGAGUCCGGCCAAGCCAGCAGGGGCUUCGGGCCCGAGCCCUCGGAUCGAGAUCACUCCAUCCCACGAACUGAUGCAGGCAGGGGGGGCCCUCCGUGGGAGAGAUGCCGGCCUGCCCCCGGAGCAGCCGGCCCUGGCCCUGGCCGGCGUGGCCGCCAGUCCGAGGUUCACCCUGCCCGUGCCCGGCUUCGAGGGUUACCGCGAGCCGCUUUGCUUGAGCCCUGCUAGCAGCGGUUCCUCUGCCAGCUUCAUUUCUGACACCUUCUCCCCCUACACCUCGCCCUGCGUCUCGCCCAAUAACGCCGGGCCCGACGACCUGUGUCCCCAGUUUCAAAACAUCCCUGCUCAUUAUUCCCCCAGAACCUCUCCAAUAAUGUCACCUCGAACCAGCCUCGCCGAGGACAGCUGCCUGGGCCGACACUCGCCCGUGCCCCGUCCUGCAUCCCGCUCCUCCUCACCCGGUGCCAAGCGGAGGCAUUCGUGCGCAGAGGCCUUGGUUGCCCCUCUGCCCGCAGCCUCACCCCAGCGCUCCCGGAGCCCCUCGCCACAGCCCUCGCCUCACGUGGCACCCCAGGACGACGGCAUCCCCGCUGGGUACCCCCCCACGGCUGGCUCUGCUGUUCUCAUGGAUGCCCUCAACAGCCUGGCCACCGACUCGCCCUGCGGGAUCCCCUCCAAGAUAUGGAAGACCAGUCCUGACCCGACUCCAGUGUCCACUGCCCCGUCCAAAGCGGGCCUGGCCCGCCACAUCUACCCUGCUGUGGAGUUCCUGGGGCCUUGUGAGCAGGAGGAGAGGAGGAAUUCUGCUCCCGAGUCCAUCCUGCUGGUACCACCCACCUGGCCCAAGCAGCUGGUGCCGGCCAUUCCCAUCUGCAGCAUCCCUGUGACUGCAUCCCUCCCUCCACUAGAGUGGCCACUGUCCAGUCAGUCAGGCUCCUAUGAGCUGCGGAUCGAGGUCCAGCCCAAGCCUCAUCACCGGGCCCACUAUGAGACGGAGGGCAGCCGUGGUGCGGUCAAGGCCCCAACAGGAGGCCACCCUGUGGUGCAGGUAUGGACCCAAAUUCUCUUAUUUCUGUGCCCUACACUGGUCACUAGGAGAUUCACUCUGCCUUGCUGUGGGAAGCUCAGGCUCCAGCCUCGGUGCCGCAUCCGUGGGCAGAUGCAGGACAGGAAGUGGGUCUUGCUGAUGGGCAUUUGUCGGGGUAGGACUGGUGUGUUGGUGUCUACGGAGGCUCGUGGGGCCCUGGGUGUGGGGGGAGGGGAGGAGUUCACAGCCCAAGCCAGGGGCAUCGGGGCAUCUGUGGGCACCUGUGGCUGUGUGACCCGCCAGGGGGCUUCAGAGUCCCUGCUAGCCGUCUCCACUCCCCACAAGGCAGAGUCUGUGUUAUCCUCAUAUACUCGCAGUCCGGUGGUAUGGCUGGUGUUUGCUAGCCUUGUAAAUCUGAGGACUGAGGUGUGGAUCAGGCCUGACAUUGCCAGCAGCCGGAUGCAGUGUGCCCUGGGUCCACUCUGUACCAAUCUCUCCUACGGUGGGGAGAUUCCUGCAGGGGGCCUGGGGCUGAGGUCAUUGCGGGUGACAGAAUGA